CUGCCUGUACAAGUUGUGGAAACGUGUGCAGAAUAUUGGGAAGGAUGGCCAAUUGUGCUUUAUAUUUAAAAAGACCGUAUCAUAUGUACUUCCUCAGAACAAUUGAAUGUAAAAAUGAAUACGUCCCACUGCGUACUUGCCCCGCCCACAUCCUUAGAUCAGCCAAUCCCUGCUUUCUGCUUGGAGCCGACACGCUCUCCGUCGGACAAGUCCGGCCAACCGUUCGUCCGCCACAACCGAAAACCCUCUCACCCUCCCCUUUCCCUUCACUUCCCUCCCACUUCUCUCCCUCCCAGUAAAGAGCACUCAGUCUCUGAGCUUCCCUUCAUUUCCCGCUCCAACAUGUUGGCAGGAGGAGAGAGAGGAGGAUGCUGCGCUCUACACUCGGUGCGUUCCUGCCACCUCUCCGGCCAUCGCACGCUGCCUCUGACUCUGCCUCAGCCAUCAGUUGUCUUCGCCUGAGGGACUUAAGACAGGAGGUGGAGGACGAACCAAAGGAUAAGCUUGAGAUCAGGGACCUUCAAACCAGGGUCCCCAACAGGAUCAACAACCGCAAGAGAGCUGAACAGAACAACUGCUUCUCAUUUGUGGUGGAAACUACCAAUACCUCAGCAGUGACCACCUCUUCUGCCUCUUCUGGUUUCGCUCCCUCCUCUUCCCUCUGCUCGGCUCCAAGAUCCAUGUGGCAAGAGGCAAUAAGGAGUAAGCAGUAUCUCCUGGGCCGGGCCGGGGAGUCUGGUGAAGGGGAUAAAGGAGGUGGAAGAGGUCACGAGAAGAGGAUUAGGUCCCCGGAUUGGCUGUAUGAGUCCUACUACUGUAUGAGCCAGCAGCAUCCUCUGAUUGUGUUUCUGCUGCUCAUAGUGAUGGGAGCCUGUCUGGCUUUGCUGACUGUGUUCUUUGCUUCAGGACUGAACGUUGAGGACCACGUGGCCUUUGUAAUCACUGUGCCCACAGCGAUGGCCAUCUUCCUGGCUGUUUUUGUACUUGUCUGCAUUGAGUCCAUCUUCAAGAAGCUUCUACGUGUUUUCUCCUUGGUCAUCUGGGCCUGCUUGGUUGCCAUGGGCUACCUCUUUAUGUUUUCUGGCGGUAUUAUCUGUCCGUGGGAUCAGGUGUCAUUCUUCCUGUUCAUUGUGUUUGUGGUUUAUACCAUGCUGCCGUUCUCCAUGCGGGACGCCAUCAUCGCCAGUGUCCUGACCUCUGCCUCUCACACCGUUGUGUUGAGCGUCUGCCUGUCCACCACCGCUGAUCACGUGGAACCCGUAGUCUGGCAGAUUGUGGCCAAUGUUAUCAUUUUCAUGUGUGGCAACAUGGCAGGGGCGUACCACAAACAUCUGAUGGAGUUGGCACUCAAACAGACGUAUCAGGACACAUGCAACUGUAUCAAGUCCCCGAUUAAGCUGGAGUUUGAGAAGAGACAACAGGAGCGUCUCCUGCUGUCUCUGCUGCCAGCUCACAUUGCCCGUGUGAUGAAGGCUGAGAUCAUUCAGAGACUGAAGGGACCAAAUUUUGGCCAGAUUGAAAACACAAACAAUUUUCACAACCUGUAUGUCCAGAGACAUACUAAUGUCAGUAUACUCUAUGCUGAUAUUGUGGGCUUCACACGGCUGGCCAGUGACUGCUCACCUGGAGAGCUGGUGCACAUGCUAAAUGAGCUGUUUGGCAAAUUCGAUCAGAUCGCCAAGGAAAAUGAAUGUAUGCGGAUCAAAAUCCUUGGCGACUGUUACUACUGCGUGUCCGGCCUGCCAGAGUCUCUGCCGAACCAUGCGAAGAACUGUGUGAAAAUGGGUCUGGACAUGUGUGAGGCCAUCAAGAAAGUGCGGGAUGCCACUGGGGUUGACAUCAACAUGCGGGUCGGUGUGCAUUCUGGUAAUGUACUGUGUGGCGUGAUUGGACUUCAGAAAUGGCAAUAUGAUGUUUGGUCCCACGAUGUCACGCUGGCCAAUCAUAUGGAAGCAGGAGGUGUACCUGGGCGAGUUCACAUCACCUCAGUGACACUGGAGCACCUGAAUGAGGCCUAUAAGGUGGAAGAUGGGGAUGGGCAAGAAAGAGACCCCUACCUGAAGGAACACGGCGUCAUCACUUACCUGGUCAUCAACCCAAAGGUGGAGCGUCGCAGCCCACAGCAUCAUUACCGCUCCAGACAAACUAUGGACGGAGCCAAAAUGAGAGCCUCCGUCAGGAUGACGCGCUACCUUGAGUCCUGGGGAGCGGCCAAGCCAUUCGCCAACCUGCACCACAGAGACAGCAUGACUAAUGAGAAUGGCAAAAUUAACACUGCUGAUGUGCCAAUGGGGCAGUAUCAAUUCAAGAGGAGAUCAGAAAGAACAAAGUCUCAGAAGAAACGGUUUGAGGAAGAACUGAACGAGAGAAUGAUAAGGACCUUUGAUGGGAUAAAUUCACAGAAACAGUGGCUCAAGUCCGAAGACAUUCAAAGAAUAUCCUUAUUCUUUCACAACAAAACGUUGGAGAAGGAGUACAGAGCAACAACUUUACCAGCCUUCAAGUACUAUGUCACCUGUGCUUGUUUGAUCUUUUUCUGCAUUUUUAUUGUGCAGAUUCUCGUCCUUCCAAAGACGACUGUUUUGGGGAUUUCCUUUGGAACAGCCUUUCUAAUCCUUUCCUUGAUCCUCCUCAUAUGUUUUAUCGGACACUUCCUUCACUGCAGUAAAAGCACCUCCAGUUCUUGGAUGUGGCUUCUGAGGUCAUCAGUCAUUAUUGCCAACAAGCCCUGGCCCCGCAUCACUCUCACCAUGACAACCACCGCUCUAAUACUCAUAAUGGCAGUCUUCAACAUGUUUUUUUUAGAGGACAAAGUGCAGCCCCCGGUUCCUGUUUACAAUUCCUCCAAUGAAACGCAGUUUUACAGUAAUGGACAACUAAUUACCUUUACGGGCAAAAACAAUUUCUACCUUCCCUAUUUAAUUUACAGUUGCAUUCUGGGUCUCAUCUCUUGCUCUGUGUUCCUGAGGAUAAACUACGAGCUGAAGAUGAUCAUCAUGCUCAUAGCCGUUGUGGUUUAUAAUGUCAUUAUUCUACGAACGCACGCCUCUCUGCUUGAUGAAUAUAGCAGAUUCCUGUACAAGACUGAAAACCUGGACAGACCAGGAGUUCUCAAAGACCUCAAGACUAUGGGCUCUAUUUCCCUCUUCAUCUUCUUCAUCACUCUGCUUGUACUUGCCAGACAGAAUGAAUAUUACUGUAGGUUGGACUUUCUGUGGAAAAACAAGUUCAAGAAGGAAUGCGAGGAGAUUGAAACGAUGGAAAACCUCAAUCGGGUUUUGUUGGAAAACGUCCUACCUGCACAUGUUGCAGAACAUUUCCUGGCACGCAAUUGGAAGAACGAGGAUUUGUAUCACCAGUCGUAUGACCUGGUGUGUGUCAUGUUCGCCUCCAUCCCAGACUUUAAAGAGUUCUACACUGAAUCAGACGUCAACAAAGAAGGAUUAGAGUGUCUCAGGCUCCUCAACGAAAUCAUUGCUGAUUUUGAUGAGCUGCUGUCGAAACCUAAAUUCAGUGGCGUGGAAAAGAUCAAGACCAUUGGCAGCACCUACAUGGCUGCUACUGGCCUUAACGCAUCACCUGGCCCUGAGUAUACAUCCCAGGAGCAUGAGAGGCAGUACAUGCACAUAGGGACCAUGUUAGAGUUUGCAUUUGCCUUGGUGGGAAAGCUGGAUGUUAUCAACAAACACUCUUUCAAUGACUUCAAACUUAGAGUUGGCAUAAACCAUGGUCCAGUAAUAGCUGGAGUCAUCGGAGCCCAGAAACCACAGUAUGAUAUCUGGGGGAACACUGUGAAUGUAGCCAGCAGAAUGGACAGCACUGGAGUCCUGGGAAAAAUACAGGUGACGGAGGAGACGAGCCACAUCCUUCUGACGCUAGGCUACAUGUGCUCUUGUCGAGGCAUCAUCAACGUCAAGGGCAAAGGAGAGCUCAAGACCUACUUUGUGCACACGGAGAUGACCCGCUCGAUGUCCCAAGGGAAUGUAAUGCCGUAAGACACACAAGAACAAAUGUUUAUUAAAGAUGGCUUAAUAUAACAGCAAGAAGCCAGCGACGCUAAACUAUAUUUGGGAACAAAUGUUGGGUCCAGAACAGGCAGAGUGGCACAAGGGUCACUUUGCAACCCAUCGACCUUGUUAGAAGCACGAAGUCUUGGAUGUAUUUUACAGGCAACCCAUGAAUGGAAAAGCAUUACAAUGAAUAUAUUGUAAUAUUCAUGCAGUGGUUUGUUUUCCCAAAACUGUCUGUGCAAUUUAAAUCAUCUCAUCAAUAGUUUACGCAGGUCUUGUUACCUGCUGAAAAUAAGGGAUAAAGGUGGUCUUAGUG